UCAGUAAAUAGCUGCUUUCCCCUCCACAAAUCAAUCCCGUUUAUUUUCCACCCAAUGAUCUGUCCCUGCCGAGGCUUGACAUGUCUCUACCGGACGCUGGCGGCGGUGCUUCAGUUCUUACACAACUCUCCCGGAGGGGCCUCGGGACGGAUUCAUCACCGGGGUAAAGAAUGCGCGUCCACAACGGCGUCUCCUCGCGCACUACCGGCGGUUGUCACAUGGCUAAAUAUGGCUGGAGUUGUGCUCGCUGUCUGAAGACGUGACACACACACACUUCUCUGCUCUCUCCGCCGUGCUGCGAGUUCCCGGUAAAAGUUGAAUUCAUUACUCCGUACGGAAGCGAAAAGAGGAACCGGGCCUACCGCGAGAUGGACCAAAAGUUGACCGUGUGACUCGGCUUUCCUUCCCUCCCAACGGAUCUGUUUCUCGCCGUUAUUUAACGCUCCUGUCGUCGGUGACUUUGUGUUUGUUGACAUGUUUUUGUCGCUGCGACAGGACAGCUGCUGUUGCCUUUAAGGCGACGACGUCGGUAAGUCAAAUGUUUAGGACCGGACACCGACCUAAAUACAUUAAUGAGAAGUGAAAGUUUACCAUGUUUGUUUCGCUUUUAGUUGGAAGUGUAUUAUUUAAGUUUCAACUGCACAACAAGACGUUUUAAUACCAGUUACCCGGUCAGUGAGUGACAGUUAGCUCUCCGGUGCCGAAACUGACUCACGGGCGCAAUAACAUUAACGUUAACGGGGGACACGAGAAGGGACUGGACAAGUGACCAACACACACACCGUGUCUCUAGGAUCAACACAGGACAACAGAGACCCGGGGUUGGUUUUAUGACGACAUGAUCGGUUCUCCUGAUGUGCUGGCCUUCGCCAGUGAAGAGGGGUUGGGGGGGUACCCAGACCCCCAGGACCUCCCAGAGGAGUUCUCCCUCCCUCUCCUCCCCCCUUCUCACCCCUGGACCUUCCCUGCCGCUUUCAACAGGGACUUCAUACUGGUGGCAGAGUUCUCUGAACAGGUGGGUCCCCUCCCGGUCCGGACCAUCCCUGAUGACCCCAGAGUGAUCGGUUCCUUCGACCUGAACCAUUUCUCUCUGCGCAUCAUGUCUGUCGACUACCAAGCCGCUGGCCCUCAGCCACACCCCCAGACGGCUAGCCCCUCCCUCUCCUUCCUCCAGGACUCUCGUGUGGUGCUGGGAGACUCUAAGGAGGGGGCGUUUGCCUACGUCCAUCACCUGACGCUGUACGACCUGGAGGCUCGCGGCUUCGUCCGCCCGUUCUGCAUGGCCUACGUCUCUGCUGACGAGAGGAAGAUCAUGGUGCAGUUCCAGGAGCUGUCGCUCCGCUUCUCCCGCGCCUCCGAGAGCCUGAAGACGGGAAACCGCCGGGCCUUCGCCCGCGAGCUGCAGAGGAAGCUACGAGACCUGGAGUACACACGAUCCAUCCUUCAGGCAGCGCUACAAAGGACAUCCAAUGAGAGUGCAGAGAUCAGGGAGGAGACGGAGCUGCAGAACACAACCAAUGAACUUGCGAGCGUGGAUCGUUCCAUUCUGGACCACAGGUCCCUCCUCCACCAGGUCACGUCCUAUCCCAACAGGAAGUUAAAAGACCCUGGCUUUCUGCCCUACGACCCCUCCCUGAACCCAGAGCCCAUCCCCCUUACCCCUGAUCCCCCUUCCCCCUCAUACACCCCCCAGCUGGUCUCCGGGGCGUCGCUAGGGGGUGGGGGCUGGUCGGCGAGGCGGUUCGACCGCCGUCUGAAGCCAUUGGAGGAGCUGAGUGACUGCUACUUCCUGUCUCUGACGCUGGAACAGUUGGCCAGCACAGAACGCCGUCUCCGUGGAGACCAGAGCGUUCUACACAACCGCCGCGUCACAAACACGCUCUCCAGGACGCUUUCACACACACACUUCCUGUUCCAGCUCUGGGACCAGGAGGAGGAGGAGGAGCUGGAGGAGGAGGGGGUGGUGGGGCUAGAGGGAGGAAGUGGCGUGAUGUCACAUCCUGUGGAGUGGGCGGGGGCGGGACCGCCGUGCCUGGAGUCGUUCUUCUCCUGCGUGGAGGAGGUGUCAAUCAAACUGGAGACGGGAAGUGGAGGGGCGGGGCCGACACGUGGUCCUGAGGGAGAAGAGGUAACCAUGGAGAUGAGACCGGACAGCGUGAGCAGCGGAGAGAGCAUUGAGGUUCUGGGGACGGAACGCUCCUAUAGAACACAGGGUCUAACCCACAUGGAACACAGUGAGUCGUCUGGUGGGUCGGGUCAGGGUGAAGGCUGUCGUGCGCCCGCGGAGGUGGGGAUGAGGCGUGGCGUGCGGUCCCUGGCGCGGAGGGCGAACAGCGAGGACAGUAUAGAGGUCAUCAGCACUUCAGACUCAGUCUUCGCCGAAGAUCACAUUUUCACCGCCAUCACGGAGGAGGAGCCUGAGGAGCACGGAAUCAUGGGUAGUGUAAUCCAGGAAGAGAAGGAGGAGGCGGCGGCAGGUCAGCAGCACAGCACCCUGGGUAUUGUAGUUCGUGAGGAGGAGGAGCACACUCGGCACCAGAGAAUCAUGGGUAAUAUAGUCCAGGCGGAGGGAGAGGAGGAGCUAGAGGACACGCCCACUCGGCCGCACAGCACCCUGGGUAUUGAAGUCCAGGAAUGGGAGGAGAAGAAGCCAGGGAGAUGGGACACUCCGGCCCCCACGUCUGAGCCCCAGGGAUCUCUGGUCCAGCAGGUGUCAGUAGAGGGCUCCUCCCAGCAGUACGAGGGUCACCUCGCCAAUGGAGAGGUCGGAGGUCAGGCUGGGCGUGGCAGCGGGCGGGUGGUGGUGGUGGUGCCUGACCUCCAGGUGAACUUUUCCACCCCACUGAGCUUAGAGGUCAGAGGUCAGGGUUCAGCGGGGCGCUGGUUGCUAGGCGACGCCAGGCUGAGUAUAGACGAGGCGUCAGACUGUGUGAGUUACGUCAGCACCUCUCCGUCCUCCUCUGACCCCCCCUCACAUCUCCACGGCAACCGCAGCGCUAGCGGCAACCCGCGACGACAUCAGAGCCAGCGGAGGAAGGCGGGUCUUGGAGCCCUCAGGUUCCUGCGACAGAAUUCCUUCUCCCAGAAUGCUGUGUUCUGCCUGCUGAGUGGCCGGCCGCUGGUGGUGAUUGGUGGAGAGGAGGGUUCCGUGAGGAGGACGGUCGCUGCCCUCUCCCUCUACCUGCCCUCACCUGGUCGCUAUGGAGACGCUGUGCAGCCCUGCCUGGCCACGCCUCUUCAGCUGACAGACCUGCUCACCUGGAGACUCAUCGGAAUCCACAGGACGUCUCCUACAGCUCCCAGCAUGCUUCACUCUCUGGCUCGUUACAGACGCUACCUGGCUGUGCUGGACCUGGACCAGCGCACCCUGAGAAGCCCCACCUACCACGGACACCUCAUUGGCCGGCUGGCCGACCCCCGCACUCUGAUAGGC